GAAUCACAAAAAUAUCUUCUUUGUUCCGUGGACCACGUUUCAUCCUCCGUCAUUCAUUUUAUUAUAACCAAAUACCAUUAUAUAAUAUUUUUCCAUAUAAUAUGAAAAAGCCAAAGGAAAAAACAAGAUUGUGGAGGAAUAUUAAUAGCCCACUUCACAUCUAUUUCUGUGCAACCCUCUUUUCUCUAAAGCUUCUCUCCAACAAUGGAAACACAAAUCAACAUGGAGAAGAGUGCUUCUCAAGUUACCUUUAUCUCCGCCGUGUCCUCCUCCUCCGCCUCAUUAUCCUAUUCCCCCACGACAUCUUCAUCAUCGUCAUCAUCAUCAACUUCUAACUUAGGGAACCCUAAAAGAAAAGCAUCUCAAAGAUCAUUAUCAUCAUUAGCCGUCCAAGAUCUUGAUGAUCAAGGAGUGAAACGGCGGAAGACCAACGGCGGAGAUAAGCAUCCGACGUAUAGAGGAGUACGGAUGAGGAGUUGGGGAAAAUGGGUGUCCGAGAUCAGAGAGCCGAGGAAGAAAUCAAGAAUCUGGCUCGGUACUUAUCCAACGGCUGAUAUGGCUGCACGAGCUCAUGACGUGGCGGCUUUAGCCAUUAAAGGUACAACGGCUUAUCUCAACUUUCCUGAAUUAGCCGGCGAGCUUCCUCGUCCGGUCACUAAUUCUCCUAAAGACAUUCAAGCUGCUGCCACCGCCGCCGCCGUUAAUUGGCAAGAUUCCGGCGGACUCCACGUGGAUAUUUCAGACAUUACUGAAAAAACUGAAGCCGAGCCGAGCGGAGCAGUGAUGGCUCAGUCGUUAUCAGACAGUGUGGUGUUUUCUUCGGACAUUAUAACUCAAGAAUUGUCGGAAACUUCUUGUGCCUCGACGACGUCGUUUGUGGACAAAGAUAGCGACGAAGAGAAACUGUUUGAUUUGCCGGAUUUGUUUAACGGUGGAAAUGAAAUAGGGAUUAUUCGAAACGAUGCGUUUUGGUAUGACUCGUCCACGUGGCAGCUCUGUGGAGCCGAUGCUGGGUUUCGGCUUGAGGAGCCGUUUUUCUGUCUUAAUGACUAAAUCACACUCUCCACCUCACUCUAACACCUAAUUGGUUUUUAUUUUUUUCCCCUUCAUUUUUAAUUUCUCUAUUUACGUUUGGUUUGCUUUUUCUUUUUCUUUAUUUUUAUUUUGUUUUUAGCAAAUAGACGUUUGAUGAAUGUUUUUGUAAUAUAAAUGUGUUGAGAACAUUUUAAAAGAAAGCUACAAACCCAAAAAAAAAAAGAACAGUCAAAUAUAGUGUAUGAGUUUUUUUUUUUGAUGUUGGUUAUGAAACUGAUGGUUGAAGAAGGCGACAAACUUUUGAUAAAUUUAUUUCAAGAUUUAUAAUAGAAAAACAAACUUAGGCGUUGGAAAAGAACAUUAGUCACAUGGUGAUGGUGUGUUUGGAUCUUUCAUUUGCAACUUUUACAUUUUUUUUUGUUAAUUUUCUUUUCUUUUUCUAUUUGUCUACUUCUUUAUUGUAUGUCAAAAGUGAAAGGAUAUAGACUGUAAUAAGGUGAUUGCUUUUGGCCAACACCUUACUUUGUUCA